AUGGCAGACUCCAUUGAAGCUGCUCCUCAGAUCGACAACGCUGCCAAAAUCGAGGAGACUGCCCCCGUCGAUGCUCCCGUCGAUGCUCCCACUGAUGCCCCCGAGACAGAGAACGGCGCCGAGGAGAAGGAUGAAGACAUUCACUCCAAGAAGGUCACUCUCGCCGAUCUGAGCGCCAAGGGCACCGCCCUCUACGCCCACAAGAACUACGAAGAAGCUGCCGAGAUCUUCUCCCUCGCCAGCAUCCUCCAAGCAGAGAUCAACGGCGAAACCGCCCCGGAAAACGCCGAAAUCCUCUUCCACUACGGUCGCAGCUUGUUCAAGGUCGGCCAGAGCAAGAGCGACGUCCUCGGCGGCUCUGCGCCCGUUGUCGAGAAGAAGCCUGCCAAGGCCAGCGACAAGCCCAAGCCUGCCGAGAAGCCCGCCAAGACUGAAGAGCAGGGCGAGAAGGCUGGCGAUGACAAGAAGGAAGAGGAUCCCGCGAAGAAGCCUCUAUUCCAAUUCACCGGUGACGAAAACUUUGAUGAUUCGGAUGAGGAAGAGGAAGAAGAAGAAGGAGAGCCUGAGGAAGAGGAUGACGACCUCGCAACCGCUUUCGAGAUUCUCGACCUGGCACGUGUCUGCUAUAUCAAGCUGCUAGAACAGGUCGACGAGGAAGAGAAGCCUGAAGGAAAGGGCAAAGAACCGGCGGAAGACUCUCCCAAGGUCCGACACAUCAAGGAGCGACUCGCUGAUACCCACGAUGCCCUUGCAGAGAUCUCUCUAGAGAAUGAGCGAUACCCCAAUGCUAUCGAGGACGGUCGCACAUCUCUAAAGUACAAACUGGAGCUCUACCCUGAGGACUCCGAGAUCAUCGCCGAGGCGCACUACAAGCUUUCCCUUGCUCUUGAGUUCGCAUCCAUUACAACGACAAGCGAGAAUGGCGGCACUGAGCGCAGGGAAGAGAUGGACCAAGGCCUGAGAGCUGAGGCAGCCAAGGAAAUGGAGCUGGCUAUCCAGAGCUCCAAGCUGAAGACUCAGAACAAGGAGGUCGAGCUCGCGACCAUGGCCUCGCCCGAGGACAAUGAACUAGCCCGCAAGCAGAUUGCCGAAAUGAAGGAACUCAUCGCUGACAUGGAGCAACGGCUCGUCGAUCUGCGAAACGACCCAAUCGAUACCAAGGGCCUCCUCGGCGCCGACGCCAACCCCCUGGGUGGUGUUCUGGGUGCUCUGGCCGGCGAGUCUUCGGCCGAGACCAAGGCCCGCAUCGACGAGGCCAGCAAGACCGCUACCGACCUGUCCGGCCUGGUCCGCAAGAAGAAGACCAAGGAGGAGGAGGUAGCCCCUGUCGAAGUAUCCAGCGAGACCGAGUCUAACGGAAAGCGCAAAGCUGAGGACGACGCAGAUGACGACUCGGCCAAGAGAGCCAAGGUCGAGGCGUCGGAAGCUGCCUAA